AUCUUCCUCCCCUCACCAACAAUUACAACAAAAACAAUUACCCUUGCACCCAGGAAAAUUUGUUGUGCAUUUUUUUCCUUAAAAGAAUGGUUAUUUAGUAUUUAUUUUUUUUUUAUAAAUUGGGAUAAAUGAGGGAGCAAUGGCUCUAUAUCAGAAUAGAGUGAGCCAUCUGGUUUUUAAAGAUUUUAUACCCCACAAAGGAAAAGGACGGAUAUCGAUAUCAAGACAACUACUUAAAGCACAUUGCGAUGGCUAUCAUCCACAUAUUUCAAGGCAAUUGGCAACAGAACUUAAAAGGUUCAUCAAAUCUCAGCCAAAACAUAAAAGAAGAUCUCCAGAAUUUGUUGAUGAUAUUCGAAGAAAAAUUAUUUGUUUACAUGAAUAUAAUUUACAAACUGCUAACGUAAAACUAAAAUAUCCCAGAUCAGAACAACUGGAAGCUAUAUUAAUAAAAUACAUAGAACUAGAAUGUGAACUGUUGUAUAGUUUCUCCAAGAAGGUAGGUAAAGAACAUGAAGAAGGUGUAACACAACGUGUGCUACGACUGCUACGAGUUAUAGUCCACGAUUCGGUUCAUAAUAGUGAAUCUGAUUUAAACUCCACCGUUCAGAUAUGUUAUAAAACACUUCUUAAACUCUAUGCAAGUGUGAGGGCUGAUUGUGACUGUGAAAAUAAUCUUGUAGCCAAUACUAUUAUAAAACUUGUUGAUAAGUUGGGUUGUCGUGACACAAUCGAUGUACUAAAAGGAGAAUUUAUACCUCUUCCCGAAGAUAUGUUUUUAACAAGCUCGCAUGUUACGACAGUUCGUCAAAGUUUAAAAACUAGCGAUUAUGAAUCUGAUUUUGACAGUAAAUCAGACGACGAACUUGAAUUGUUUGUGGUAGAAGACUCAUUCAAUAGUAAAUCACAAAAACCGUCUACAACAAAAAACUUGUCCAGUUCGUUAAAUGGACCGGUAGCUACUUUUGCAAGUGAUAAUUUAACAUAUUCCCAAAACAUUGCUAAUAGAAGUGAAGCGGAAAGUAAUUUUGCAAGUGAUAAAUUAACAUAUUCCCAAAACAUUGCUAAUAGAAGUGAAGCGGAAAGUAAAUGCCCACUUAUUUCGAAAAAACUGAAUAAUCACGUAGACAAUAAUACUCGAAAACAAAAUAUUGACGUUCCAAAAAACAUAGCUUCCAUUGCAGAAACAGUCACAAAUACGGCGAAGUGUGUGAUUAAAAAUACGGAACAUAAUUCUCAUCAAAAGUUGGGCAAGUCGGAUGAAAAUGUAUCUAAAGUUGUGGAUGUAUCAUCGAAUCGUAAAGAACGUACCAAUAGAGAAUGUUACGUGGUUGCUACGAUUGAGGUUCUUGACGACGAAGAAGAAGCAACUUUGGAUAUUAGUUCAAAUGGAGAAUCGCAACUACCAUCUAGUACUUUUGGAAAUUUUUUACCUUUGAAUGAAAUAAAGUUAGAAGAGAAUGAAGAAAACCAUUCGCCUAAUUAUUCUGUUUCGAAUUCAGAAAAUCAGAAUUUUUUGAAUUCCAAUAAGGAAUCACGAAAUUCGAAUUCAGCAGGACUUAAUAGACUGAAAAAUAAUUCAAGCAAUGAUUCUGCGAAGGAUGCAGAGUCAGCUAUUUUAAUUUCUGAUUCCGAAGAUGAACCUGAACCUUCCCAAGAAGGUAUAAAAAAAAUUGAUGGUCAGUCUAAAGAUGCGAAGACACCAUCUCAUGACGAAAGUUUUGAAACAAAUGAAGACGUGAGUUUACAUGUUACAUCUGAAGAAAAUGUAGAGCAAUUACAAGUUGAAGAAAUUGCUUUAUUUGGAAAUAAAUCUGUGGAGUUUUCUGAUAAUAAUAUUCAGAAAGAGCAGUUGUCCGAUAUUUUAAGCGUUGAAUAUAAUUUAACGCAGGAUGAAGAUCAAACUCAUGUGGAAGUAGAAAGUAUUGAAGAAUUUGAUACUACUCAAUCUUCUGAAAAAUCAAUAAGAGAUAGUCUUACCACACCAGAGACUGACAACUCUGCUGAAAAGAGUAAAGGUUCUGAACAACCUGAAUUGGACAUUUCUGUUGAAAUUCCCGAGAAUUCUGCAACGAUGACAAAAUAUAAAGUUUCGGAACAAUGUGUUGUAGAGAUAGGGGAACCAAAAAUUGCUGAAACGGUAAAUGAAACUGUUGAAGUCGUUUUAGAAGAACAUGAAACUGCUGAAGAGGUUCCAGAAGUUAUCAUGCAAACUGAACUUACAAAAGAAUUUCCCGAAACUGCUGUGGAAAAUGAUGUUUCUGAAGCUGCUGUGGAAACUGAAGUCACUGAGGCUACUGUAGGAACUAUGGAUUCUGAAGCUAUUGUGGAAAAAAAUCCUGAAGUUAUUAUGCAAACUGAACUUACAAAGGAAUUUCUCGAAACUACUGUGGAAAAUGAUUUUUCUGAAGCUACUGUGGAAACUGAAGUUACUGAGGCUACUGUAGAAACUAAGGAUUUUGAAGCUAUAGUGGAUUCUGUAGUUUCUGAAGCUACUGUAGAAGUUGCAGUCACUGAAGAAAUUCGUGAAGCUAGUGUAGAAAAACAAGUUGCAGAAGAUAUUUUCGAAGCUACUGUAGAAACUGCAGCAUUUGAAGAAAUUCCUGAGGCUAGUGCAGAAACAGAAGUUGCAAAAGAAAUUUCUGAAGCUACUGUAGAAAUUGCAGUUACUGAAGAAAGUUCUGAAGCUAGUGUAGAAAACGAAGUUGCAAUAGAAAUUUCUGAUGCUACCGUAGAAAUUUCUAAGGCUAGUGUAGAAACAGAAAUUGCAAAAGAAUUGUUUGAAGCUACUGUAAAAACUGUAGACACUGGAGAAAUUUGUGAAGCUAGUGAAGAAAAGGAAGUUGCAAAAGAAAUUUCUGAAGCUAACGUAGAAUCUGCAGUAUUUGAAGAAAUUCCUGAGGCUAAUGUAGAAACAGAAGUUGCAAAAGAAAUUUCUGAAGCUACUGGAGGAACUGCAGUAUCUGAAGAAAUUCCUGAGGCUAGUGAAGAAACAGAAGUUGCAGAAGAAAUUUUUGAAGCUACUGUAGAAACUGCAGUCUUUGAAGAAAUUCCUGAAGCUAAUGUAGAAGCAGAAGUUAGGAAAGCAAUUUCUGAAGCUCCAGUCGAAACUGUGGAUUCUGCUGUUACUGUAGAAACUAAGACAGCCCAUCUAGAAGCUAGUGUAGGACUUGAAAUUUCUGAAGUCAUUGUAGAGACUGAAGCCACCGAUGAAAAUUUUGAAGCUGCUGCAGAAACUGAUGUUGCUAAAGAAAUGUCUGAACCUACUAUAGAAACUGAAGUUACUAAAGACAUUGUUGAUGUAACUAAAGAGAAUGAUCUGUCGGAAAAUAAUAAUGAAAUUACAGACCUUUCAGUAACCAGGAAAGGUGAAGAGGAAGAGCUUACCAACAACAGAUACAAUUCUAUCAUUCCUGAAGUGUUGUCGACCCUACAAUUGAUUCAACGUCCAGUUCCUAAACCUUCUGAAGCAAUACAAACGUUAAACACAUAUUCUGAUGUACAACUAGCAGUGGAACAAAAUAAAAGAACAUUUGUUAAAAAUGAUUUAUCUACUCGCAUGAUUGAUUAUUCUAUGAAGAUGCAGCCUUCUUGUGAUGUAAUUACUAAUAACGAAGAUCAGCCAAAACGUCAAGUUAGCCAGCCUGAUUUACAAGUUUACAAUGUUGAUACUCAGUAUAACAAGAUUAUAAAGUCAGAUAUUUGUCAGCCAACACAAGACACGGACGGCAGCUCUCAACAACUGCCAAUGUAUGGGUUGCCACAGGGUCUUCCUGAAGUUCAGUAUGUGGAAUAUGAUAGUCCGAAAAAAGAUGCUGCUUUAGCGAUGUUGGCGGAUCUGGCAUAUCAUCGAAAAACACUCGAAGUUGAAACCAAUAAAAAAUCUGAAGUUUUGGUAAACAAACCAGAUAGUAAUGUGAAAAAGCUUCAAACAACACCAAAACGAAGAAAAUCAACCAAAGAAAAAUUGGAAGUUAAAAAUACCAGUUCAAGAAAAAGUUUACCAAGAGCUGUGAAACGGCCCAAGGAAAGUGUAAAUAAAAAAAUAACACAAAAAAUUACACCAAAACUUAAAGGCACUAUUUUAAAAGAGCCGUUGAAGUUACUUCGUGACGAAGAUUCGGAAUAUAAACCUCAUGAUUUUAUUUCGGAAAAUUCUAUUGAACCUCUUAAACCAAAAAUUUACGAUCAAAAAUUGGAUACUGCUACAACAAGCGAAGAUAGUAACGACAGUUGCGAGAGACGUCUAGUCAUUCAUUUGGAAAAUGAUUCGAAAGAUAUGGACAAAACUAAUAAAUCAGUUUGUGAUGAGGAGACAAUUACUGAUGUUAAUACGAAAAGUGUAGAUAAAAAUAUUAAAUCGGUUUUUGAUGAGGAAACCAUUACAGAGGUGUUGGAAUUUGUAAAAACAGAAAAUAAAAGUGCUAUUUGUAUUAGUAUACCUGAAAAUGAAGACAAUUGUGUUCCUGAGGGUUUCGACAUUUUAAAACAAAUGGAAGAUUUUGUUAAAAUUAAUGACAGUGUACUUGCGAAAGUCGUUGACACUAACGAACUAAUUGAAUCGAAAUCGAAUUCUGAAGAAAAACCGGAGGCUAAAGUUCUAAAAACAACCGAUCACAGCAUUGUUAAGAUAUUAAACAGAACAACAAACACAGAUACAAAAAUGGAUGAACCGGUACCCGAAUUAGAGGAGAAAAUUAUAAGAGAAGGAGAAUCAUUACCUGAAAACUUUGAACAUAAAGAUGAAGCAACUGCUAAGAAUUUUAUUGAAGCAGAAACGGAAGAGAGUAAUUCUAUUACAAAAAUUGCAACUGAAUUAUUUGAAAAAUCAACUGCGAAAAAUACGAUCGUUCCUUCAUCUGUAGAAGGAGGGAUAUGUGAUGAACUUGAUACUACUGUUCAAUUAGAUCCCAAAGAUCUUACUGUCGGAAUGGUAACAGACACAAGAAAUGAAGAUAGUUGUGAGAAAAUUUUUAAAACUAAAGCUGAAGUGAAAUCCUACGAGGACAAGUUACAGCCUAAUCCGUUUGUACUUUUAAUGAAUUACGAAGAAAGGAUGAAGAAACGGAAAAAACUGCGUUCUAAAAGUUCUGAAGGCAUACAACAACGUGUGAGUUGUUUUGAUAGAAGCAGAUCAUCAAGUGUGGAUUUUAACUCAUCGUCAGACUUGUCUUUCAAUGAAAUCAAGGACUUAUUAAAAUUGGACGAGUCGACUACCGAAAAAAUUCAAGCUUUGAAUGAUAAAAGUGAUGAAAUUGUAGUAGAAUCAGAAACUGCAAAGGAUUUAACAGUGUCCACGAAUAAGGAAUUAGUUCAAGAAAACACUCAAGAUGAUAAUUUACAAAAUGUUAAACCAAUUGUUGAAACACUCGUUGAAACAACGCAAGAUUUGUCAGAUUUGGAAGUAGCACUUCCUAAGCCAGUUGGUGGUGAAAUUACAAUCUCUUUGGUUAUUGAUGUGGCCGAAAAAUUGAAGACUUUACCAGUAAGUGAUGUUGUUGAAGAUGGGACUUACAGUAAAUUUGAAUCGACGAAGAUAACUGAAGAUACUCAAAUGGCUGAGGAUCUGUCGCAAAAAAAGCCAGUGGAACCAGUUAGUGAUUUAGGAAUGAGUACGAAUGCUAAAGAAAUGCUUAGUCAAACUGGUUCUGUUAAUCUUGACAAAACCAAUUCUAAAACUUUGGAUGAAGCUAAAGGAAGAGCACUAGAAAACACUAUCAAGAAAAUGAAAGAGAAGAUGGAGUCAGAAAAAGUUAAAAAAGAAAAAGCUGAAAAUAGUGUCAGUAGAACAAAAAGCAAUAAUAUACAAGAAAAUGAGCAGAGGCAUGUGUCGAAGGAUAAAAAAUUAUCAGAAAAAGCACCGGAGACAAGUAAAAAAGAAGACAGACACCACAAGAGAAGACGUAGUAGAUCUUUAUCGAAGUCGCGGACGGCUGCUAAGAAAUCAAAUGAGGCAAGUAGAUCUUCUUCAAAAUCCAAGUCGUCAGAUAAACGUUUGAAAGAAAAACAUAGCGACAGCGAUAGUGAGCGGGUAAGACGCAGUAAAUCUAAAUCGGUUGAUUUAAGUUAUUCCCACGAAGAACCGAAUGGUCAUAAAAAAAGACACAACAGAUCUUCAUCAAAGUCAAUUGAAGAUUCAAAGUCUAAACAAAGUUCUGAUAAAAAAACAAAACACAAGACUUCAGAAUUGAAGGAAAAACCAGCUUUCGAUCCUAAUAAAACGGAAAGUAAAUCACCAUCAGAGGUAAAGGAUAAGCAAAGUGACGAUUCUGAUAAAAGAAGAAAAUCACAUGAUGUCAAAGAGAAGAGUUAUUCUGAGAAGAAACACAAAUCUAAAAAUGAUAAGCUCAGAGAUAAAGAAGAUGAGGAGAAAGUGAAGACUAAAAUCAAUAUAGAAGAUGAUAUUAAGAAAAAAUCCCAUGUAGAGAAUAAAUCUUUUAGUCUAAGCGAUGAUACCCUGUUUAAGGUGGAUGAGAAAGUAAGCAAAACCAUCUCAAAGAAGAUCAGCAAAACUCAGGAAGAUUUGAAAAAGUUGAACGAACAUUCUGAUAAAAUAGAUGAUAAACAUAUUAGUCACAAGACGAAAUCGCAUAACUCGAGUAAGGUUAGUGAACAAUGCGGCAAAAACAACGGAAGAGUGAAUGAUAAAGAAAAGUCAAAGGCAAAAGAUGAGUAUCGAAGAAGUAAUUCAAAAGAGAAAAAGGUGGAGAUGACAGCAAGUGAUAAACGAGAGAAAAAUAGGGAACGAUCAAAGGAAAUUGAUAGUUCACGUCACAAAAACAAAUCAACGGAAGGUGAAAACAUGCAAGAAAAUAAAGGAAGGGAUAAAGAAAAUUUCAUUCAGUGUGAAAGUAAAGUAAAUGCUAGGGUUAAAGAAAAUAAACGUAUUUCAAAACAAAAAGAGACAUCAAUGGGAAAUGAAGAUUCUCACAAGAAUUACAAAGUUGAUAUAUACAAGAAGCGGAAGUGUGAAUUGCUUGAAAAUGCACCUCCUGAAAAAAUGCUAAGGUUAGAAAAUGAAAAAAUAUCUGACUUUGUACAAGAUGUUAAUAUGGAACGACCUAAAACUCCUACUAUAUGUCUUUUCGAAGAAGUAGAAAAAAAGCCAGAUUUCAAGACGGUUGAAAUGAAAGUAAACACCCAUUCUGAAAAGUGUCCUCAUUUGAACAAGACUAAUUUGGAUAUACCAUUGCCAGUGGAAAACUUAACAACAGCAGAACCGUUGGAUCCGAUUGUUGAAGAAGUAGAGAAACCUCUUACUCCAGUUGUUGUUACCACUUCACAUAUAUCUUUAUCAUACGACCAUUUUAAAGAUGAUAUGACAGCUAAAUUAGGAACUAAAGAAAUUCCGAUGUCUUCUUCUUUAAUUGAAACGACUGAUGAAGAAAGAAAUUUUACAAAACCAUCUGUAAAUUUGGUUGAAAUCAGCGAUUCUCUAAACGCUCCAAAUAAAGUAUUUCCAGAUGAUAAAUUCAGGGUUUUCGACAACAAUUUAACUAAUGAGCCUGAAACUAUAGUAGAAACAAGCAGUUCUAUGAAAAUUCAAUUGCAAAAUGAAAGCGUUUUUAUUCCGUCAUCUGAGGCAGUGUCUGUUAGUAGUGUUUUUAGUAGUGCCAUCGAUGACCAUGUUCUGUCUUCCACUAUUGAUUCAACUGUUAAGCAUUUGCCUCGCCAUGAUACAGAUUUAUCUCUCGUAUCAACAACAAUUACCAACAGUGCCGUAACCAAAGUAGCGUCUGUGUCCUGCGAUGUUAGACCAAUAACUGUUGAAAGCACUACUUCAUCAUCGACUACCAUUGGCCAAGAGAAGACUUGUUUAUUCACAUUUAAUAACACAGAAACAGUUAAUCGCGAAAACUUGAGUACUACGGAAAUAUUUAGUUUAGAUGAUAUUUCACCAACCAAAUUACCACCCUUAGGAAGCACUCAGUCGCUCGACUUUAUCUCUCCUACGACUUCAACGGCUGAAAUAAGCAAUUCGAUGAACUUGUUGCAGACUUUAGGAACUUCUACAAUUAAUUUUAUGAAUGAAGUAUCGGAGACUUCAGAAAUAGAUGUGCAAACGAAUAAACAAAAUUCAUUCCACUCUAAUUACGUGACGCAAGUUACGGAGAUUCGCUGUUUUGGUGAAAAAGAAUCAGUAGCCGAUCAUAAUUAUACUUUAGGAGGUCCAUUGUUGGGAGGAAACAAUGAGGACAAAAAUAUUUUAACGACUGACAAAAAUAUUCUAACGACUGGGUUAUCUUUGAGUACUUCACCAGAAGAGUUUCAGUUGAAUGAAGGCCAUUUGGAAGAACUUUCUUCUUUCAGUGAGAAUAAUUUCAUAGAAGAAAAUGUAACUUUGGAUGAUAUGGAGUCACUACUACCUUGCAAAAAAGAGAAAACCGAUUUUAAUACUGAUGAUUCUAUACCAAAACCGGAAGAUGUCCAAAAUGACAUAAAACGGUUAAAUAUGUUAGUAGAUAUUUUACAGAACGAGCCAAAGACAACUUCAGUCCAUAACACCAUGGAUCAUGGUAGUAAAACUGACUUAGGAACUGACUACGCUGUUGAACAGUUGGAGUUACUUUCUCAGGUUGUUGGAGAUAUUAACAACAUUAAUAUCAUGGAUUCGAAUGUUUCGUUGUCAGUACCUGCGACGAAAUCAAUUUUGGAUGAUGCCGUCUCUGAAACAACUUCACAUGAUCCCAUCAAUUUACCUCUCACCUGGAAUAGUUAUUCCAAUUUUAUGUCAAGUGAUGGUAACCAAAAAGUUGUAGUGGAACCAGUGGAACAGUGUCCAGUCACAACGGUGGAUCAAAUGAAAAAAGACUUUAUUGAUGGUAUAUCCAAAAAUGUUGAGACAAUUAUGUUUACUUCAAUCACGGCCGGAUCUAACAAAUUUCUACCUUUCGUAGGAGCAAGUAAAAUUGAUGCCAACAACAAGAAAGAAACUUUAAAAGUGCACGAUGAGAUAGAAAAAUCCACAGUUCGCAAAAGCAGUAGAGUGCGUGUUACUUCUCCUGAGAAGAGCUCAACAACACAGCAUAGUAGUAUAGAAAUUGGCAAAAUCCGAGUAAAAACAGAUUUAAUUGCAAAAACUAAAAGUGGCUUGAAUGAUUCUUCUUCAGUGAGUUGCACAAGUGAGAACGGACAGAAUGUUGUAGAGGAUAAAACAGCAAUACCAACACAAAGUAAACCACCUUUGGGUUACCCAAGACUUAGUAAAUUUGCACCCUUAUUGGAGACGUUGAAAGCAGAUGCUAACAAGAAUAAAACAUUGACUAACAAGAAUGAAACAACUAAAACUCAGGAUGAGACAGAACAGUUUUUAACUCGUCGGCACAAUAGAACACGUGUUUCUACUCCUAAACAGAACACGGUGACGCAACAACGUCAUUCGAAAAGUCCACCACAGAGCAAAAAGGCUGAAAUAGUGUCUUUUGACAUUGAUGUAAACAAACCUCAAAAAACAGGGAAAAUCCAAGUCAAAAAGGAUUUGAAAGUUGAUACUAAAAGUGGCGUCAGUGAUCUAGAUUGCAUCAUUGACCAUGAACAGAAUGCUGCGAAUAGACCAUCGACGUGCAAUUUUCAUGAGAAGAAAACAGAAGAACCCAAAGGUGAACAUAGUAACAGUUCCACGAAACAUAACCAUGAUAAAAUGGAUAAAGAGUAUAUUGUGCCGAAAAAAUUGAAUGUCCCACAUGAAGCUAAGAUCACUAUAGACAAGAUGAAUCUGGACGAUAGUAAAAAGAGAACAUUGGUCGAUGAAGAGGAUGACAAAGGUCAAAGGUCAAAGAAGUUGAAAGAAGGAGCACAACACCCAGGUUUUGAUGAAACAGGCAAAUAUUACAUUAUGGAGAAUUUUCGCGAGAAGAAAACAGAAGAACCCAAAAGUGAACAUAGUAACAGUUCCACGAAACAUAUACGGUUUGAUAAAAUGGGUAAAGAUUCCAUUGUGCAAAAAAAAAUAAAUGCCCAAAAUGAAGCUAAGACAAAUCUAGACGACAGUAAAAAGCGCACAUUGGUUGAUGAACGGGAUGAAAAGAAGUCAAAGAAGUCGAAAGAAGGAACUCAACACCCACGCUUUGAUGAAGCAGGGAAAGAUUAUAUCAUGGAGAACAUAUUGAAUGUUCAAACUGAGACUAAGAAAACUAGUUUGAUUGAAAAUGUAAUUUCUGAUAUCCCUGUGGAAAAAGUAGAUUCAGAAGAUAGCAAGUCUACUAAACCACCGCCAUCAAGCACCGACGCUCUUUUCGAUAAGUUAGUAACAGAAGGUCCUGUGAAUAAACUGUGGACACAGAACAUGAACAAGAAACAACAAAAGACGGAGAUCAGUAACGACCUGUUGAAAAAUCGAGGGUACUACACUGGGCCUGAGGAACAUCAAAGCAAGGGAGACAUCACUAACGACCAACUGAAAAAUCGAGGUUACUAUACAGUAUCUAAUCCCAUAACUAGCGAACCACGGAACAAAAAAGAAAUAAGUAACGAGAUAUUGAAAAAUCGAGGGUACUACACAGUACCCGACGCAAAAAAGGAAAGAAAUACACAGCAGUUUCAUGAUUCUCGACACCAUUAUUCCAAAACCGAACUAAAUUACACUAGUGGUAACAGCGCACAUUCGAACCCGGGCUCUUUUGAAAAAUUGCAUAAUACAUACUCUACAGUUCAUACGUCUCCAAAAAGGAUCAAGAGAGCUCCAGGAAAUUCGUCUACUUCGAAAAGUGAUCCACAUACGUCUUACGAUUAUAAACCACAAGACAGAAGGAGGAGUACAGAACAAAUGAAAGACGUAAUAGAAAAUUCUAGCGAAACAAAUACCCCGAAAACAAAUACGUCGAAAGAAGAUUGGUUUAACAAAUUUAAUGGGUUCUUUGAUCCUUCUAAUUUAUUAUUAUUCCCAGGGAUUAAACGAAUAGAUACGCCAUCGCAAAAAUGAAAAAGUACAAGCAUUCUUAUCAUGUUGAAAAAGCCUCUACCUUCAGUUACGUAAUUUUUAAUAUUUUUAGCACUAUGCAUCAUUUCUUUAUAAGUACAUACAUUUUUAUUGUACAUUUUUUUAUAUUGUAGAUAUUUACAUUUUUAGUUUCAUUAUGAUAUUAUAUAAUUUUUAAGUACCUAAUGAGUUUAGUAUAAAUAUUUAAAUCAAUGUUAUUUAUCAUAAAUUUGUUGAGAAAAUAAAAUUUCGUAAAAUUCUUAGCCUUUUAUGACUUACGCCUUACGCUAAUACAUAAAUAAAUCAUUAUCACAAAGGCGACAAAGGAUAAGGUUAAAAAAAAGAAAGUAUUAGGUACGUAUUAGUAGUUUUUAAUAUAAUAUAAAGGAUACACAAAGUUUAGUACGAGUAGUUAUAUUAGGAGGGAAAAAAUGCUAAUUAUACAGUGUGUCCCCGCAUAGGUGAAACGACUCUUGUAAAAGAUAAAAAAAUCUCAUUUUAAAUUUUUAUUUUUUUAGGUUAAACCCUGCUUGGUUAAAGACAAUUUUAGUCUUUAGGUGCAAAAAUCAAUAUGCCUUGGAAAUUUUCAAAAAAACUUAUUUUACUGUAGGGUAAAAAUUUAAAUCGAGAAAUUUUUAUUUUUUAAGAGUCGUUUCACCUUCUUUAUAUCAAGUGUUUUUGGCAAUGAGCGUCUUAAACAUGUAUGAAAAUAUAUUGGGAUAUUUUUUUAAUAGUUGAUAAUAAAUUAACAUAUAUUUGUACAUAAUAAUAUGUUACAAAUAUGAAUAGUUGAAUAACAAGAAAGUUUCAAAUUUAUAACAUACAGACUGCUUUUUAUAUUAUUUUUCUUCCAAGGGAUUUUCUUUAUUCAUUUUUUGUGAUCUGUUUUACAUAAAAAAUCAGUUACGAUGUUGCCAUUUUCUGUAUCGAUAUGAAACGGGAUUUAUUAUUCUACUUACAUGAAUUUUGGUAAUAUGAGAUAAUUUUUUUAAACGUCUCUUCAGUUGGAUGUUGGAGUUGGUACUCUAUUUCGAAUUAGUUCUGUAGAGUACAUUUUGUAUUCCAUGCUUCAAAGACUACGACGGUGUAUUCAAAUUUUUCAGUUGGCUUAAUUAAUUACAUAUUAUGAAUUUGACAUAAAAUGGCAAAAUUUACCUACCUUUCGAAAUUGCAACUCUGUGGUUCUUGGAUAAGUUAACCUGAAAUGAAACAUAUUAUCAAGAUAAUUAUAUAGUUUGGAAGAUGUUUGUGGAACAUGUAGAUGGUAAUUAAUGAAAUCUUUGCUGAUUGUAUUUUGAAAUUGACAUAUCUAUAGAUUUAUUUUUACAGGUGUUCAAACGAACAAUUUUCAUUUUUUUAUAAAAUUUAACAUUUCGACAAGUUUGUCGCAAUACCCGAGCAGACACUUCCGCGCGAUCAGCAACGAUCAGCGGAAUGUCUUAAUUGGGUCAUUAUGCCAGCGACAAACAAACAAUCAUCGAUAUAAUUUUAUAAAGUAAAUUUGUAAUUCA